GUUGUCCACGGCGCUGUGAUGGACUACAUUUAUUAACGGGCACUUGUCCGCUCGCGUGUAUCGGUCGGUUUGGCGACCUCAUUCCCUUUCCCAAUUUCGUCCGUCGUGACGUGCUUUUGCUCCUCGCGCCGCUCUAGCUUCAACAAGCGCCUCUCUACAGUAAUAGAAACCGUAUUCACCGCGCAGAUAUCACGACUGGCAUUUGCGAGUUUUCUAGCACACCUGACGUGAAGUUCCCGACCAUGGCCACAACGACGAGCUCUGGCGGGAAGCGGAGGUCGCGCUCAGAGGGGGAGAGUGACCGAGCCGGCUCCGAACAUGCAGCCAGUCCCGCGCCCUCGUCCCGAUCGUCCACCAAGCAACAGAUCCGACACCGGGCGUCCAUUGCUUGCGCCUCCUGCCGUGAGCGGAGGAUACGGUGUGUUGUCGGCGAAGGCGAGUCGGAAUGCGCCCAGUGCAGGAGAACGGGGUCCACAUGCGUUAUCAAGGAUGACGAUGAGAGAAGGCGACCCAUAUCGAAGGCCUACAUGUCAUCCCUGUCGAACCGGAUCGCCCUUCUGGAGGAAAUGCUGAAGGAGCGCGGCGUCGUGCCUCCCCCAGCCGUCCACCCGCCAAAGACGAGGCAAGAAGCGCAGGCAAGGCAGCAGCAGGAGCAACAACAGCAGCAAACGCAGGGUGGCGACGAGCGUGAACGGUCAAGAAGUUCCGAGCCCUACCUGGCUCCGCCAUUACCAGCGAACCACCCCGCCACUCCGCCCGGCUCAGGCGACGACGACGUGAUCAUGUUCCAGCCAGAGCAGCCAAAGGGUCAGGGUCUCCUGCCCGACAGCCAUUCCGCCCUCGCCCGCCUGAUCGACCCGGCACUACUUCAGGACGCCGAGCAGAAAAAGGAUGUCAGCACACGGCACCUCCUUUGCGCGAGAGGCAGCUACGUCCAUGACCAGUCGGCCGGAAGGGCCAGGUUCUUUGGUCCCACGGCUAACAUCCAUCUCUAUUCUCGAUCUACAUCCGGCUUCGCCCCGUUUGAGCAGCCCGAGCAUAUCCGCAGGGCUGAGCGGCUCAUUGCGGCUCUCAGACCGUCCACCCACGACCAUCUAAUGAGGUGUUUCUGGGAAUAUUACAACCCGUGGUACCAAGUGGUUGACGAGGCAGCCUUUGAGGCCGGUCGCACCACCCAAGACCCGAGAUUCUAUUCCGUCUUCCUCCAUCUCGCCAUGCUCGCCAUCGGCUACCGCUUUGCUGACUGGGACCGGGAGGACGUGAAGAGGGCCACGCUAGGCAGCCGAGAGAGCACGGUGCACAGGAAAGCCAAGUCCAUGUUGGACGCGGAGCUGGAGAGGCCUGGCGGGAUCUCUACCGUCCAGGCUCUCCUCCUGCUCGCCGACCUGGAGUGUGGCGUUGGCCGGGACACCGCCGGCUGGAUGUACUCGGGGAUGGCAAACCGAUUGGCCUUUGACCUCGGACUGCAUGUCAGCCCAUCCUGUGCGGACCUCUCCGAGCUCGAGAGGCAAGCAAGGCGCCAGGUCAUAUCGGCGUGCGUCAUGUUCGACCGGAAAUGGGCGCUCUUCUUGGGCCGGCCGACCACGAUCAAAGUGCAGGAUAUCGGUGUCGAUGUGUUGCCAAAGAUGCAGAGGGAGCCUGUCGUUGACACAAGCCUGGGCACCGUGGCAAGCCAAGCUGCCAUCUACCGGCAGAUGUUCGAACUGCUAGAGCUGGGAGGCAGGGUGGCCGACUUCCAGAACUCGACGUUCGGGCCCGCCCACGUGUUCUCGACAAAGAGCGCCGAGGACAGGGCAUACCUGCACUUCAUCGGCCUGGAGCGCCUCUUCCACAAUUGGUACCGGCGGCUUCCGGAGAACUUGACCUGGAAGCCUGUGAAUAUCAAGUCGGCACCCCUGGGCUUCUUCAUGCUUCACCAACAGUUCCAUGUCUGCAUGAUCCUUCUGCACCGUCCGUGGGCCCGAUACGGGCCCAUGUCACUGGACGGCUCGGUUGCAGCACGCUACCCGAGCCCCGAGUCCCCCGGCCGGGACGACGGCACCAACCAUAUCCCCUCCUGGAUGGCGCCGCUCCCGCACCACGACAACCGGGCGUCCCUCUCCCGAAGCAUGUGCACGCAGCACGCCAUUCGAGUUGCCCGCAUCUUCUGGCAUCACCGUCAGCGCUUCGAUGGGCGGCGGGUUGGGCUGUCGACGAUCCAGCACGCCGGAACUGCCGCCGUUGCCCUGAUGGCUGCUCUGGCUCACAAGAGCGCCGAGCUCGACCACCAGAGUAACCUGCGGUAUCUGCAGGUGCUCUCCUCUGCCAUCUACGACAUGAGCCACCUGUAUCAGCCUGCGGCGAGGAUGUAUCAGGUGCUCAAGACCAUGCUCGUCGAGAUCCGCUCCGAGAUGGUCAAGUCGGGAGGCUUCGAUGUCAGCUCGUUUGUUGGGCGCUACCAAGGCACCAGCAACAGCAGUCUUCUGUUUGGCAGCAACCAAUGGGCUACUGGCACCGAGGGUAACUGCCUGUCGACCGACCGGCUAGAGACCAUCCCGGAAGAGGCGCGCGCCGUCAAACGACGCCGGCUCUCUAGCCUCUCCUCCGUGGACUUCACGACCGUUGGGCCGUCGUUCUUAUCCGCCACCCUUCAAACGUGCCCGUCGCCGCCUAGCUCGUCACGGAGCCACGACGGCUCCAACUCUGUUACACUGGACCAGGCAUCCAACGAGCCGAGCACCUUCGACCUAGACUUCUUCCACUCGUCGUUUGUUGACUUCAUCAGCACCGGCGGCGAGAGUGCCAGUGCCCAAGACUGGGCAACAACGGCCCCAUCAGCAGUAAAUGUCGACACUACCGUUCCAAUGCUGAUCCCCACCGCCUCCGGAGACCUUUCGUGCGUGAGCAUGAGCGCGGACAGCACCGUCUCGAAACCCAACGAAUCUCCUGCCACCAUGUCAACUCCGGCGCCCGCAGCCCCAGCUACGCAGCCUGCUCAACUCGCAGACGACGACACGGCCGUGGACAAGACCAUCGAGGAGUGGCUGGCCGAGCCCGCCGCGCCGACCGUGUCCACUCCUUCCGACGACAGCACUGGUAUCGCAAGCGGCAACAAUCCGCAGACAGCCGAGCUGCCGUCUGUCCCUACCACCAACAACACCACCACCGCCGCCAUCCCACCGACCGAGGAGGAAGUAAUCCACCCUUCCCAGCCGCGCAGCACCCUCGCCCACGCCACAGCAGACGGCACACCCAUCUGCCGCGACCCAUACGUCCUCAGUCUCGAGACAGAGUUGGGGUUGACGCUCGACAACGACAAUAAGGGUCAUCAUAAUAAUAACGGCGACUGUGCAAUGGACUGGCUCGCCACCAGUUCCCCACCACCACCACCAGCACAGCCAGCUACAGCUCUGUCACCAGUAAAGGAGGUGGACAACAGUAGUCCCGGCACCGCGAGUAGACCGCCUGUGCCGCCGCCGCCCAUGACGCCUGUUACGCUGGAUGAGUUGGUGCAGAGUGUCGAGGAAGCGGUGGGUUCGGCGCGGGCGAGGGCUAGGGCCAGGGCUGCUGCUGCUGCUGCUGCGGCUGCGACUGGUGGUGGUAGUAAUAAUGCUGUGGUGGUGGGUUGUGGUAGGGGGGAGUCACCCUUGGUGAGGAAUAGGGAGUUGGAUUUCCUUACUUUGUGAAGAGGACGUCACAUCACAUAAUAUGUAAGAAGGGGAGGUAAAGUGCGAG